UUCUUCGUUUCCGGUUUCAAUAUGGAGCGAAAUAAAAAGUGGAGGUUUGUAAAAAGGGCCAUAAACGUUAAGUAAUCGCCUUAGAUAAAGGCAGAAAAUCUCGUUUUCCAUCGAAAUUGGUUCCUAUUACGGCCGUACAUAUAGUUGACCACGAUUAUAAUGUUUAAAGGUUAGAAAGAUGCGUUGAACACGUUGUACAUCAUGUUGCUAGACAAGAUGUUACCACGGAUAAUUUAGACGGUAGAGAAUGGAGUAUUGGAAGAAGAGUGGUAGAAUUGGAGACCCUGGCUGAUGGACUUAAAGCAUGAUAUCUUUGCAGUCAGCCAUUACAUCUCUUAAACUGUGUGGGUGAAAAAAAAACUGGUUUAGCCCAAAUUUUACUUGUUAAAUGCCAAUAUCCUGAGUGUGGAUUUAUAAAUGAUAUACCAACUGGCACUAAACAUGCUACAGUAAAUGGUGGCCAAGCUUGGGAUGUCAAAACAAAGUAAGCUGCAGGUGAAACCUACCAAUCAAAGAUUGCUUUUCAAGAUCAUGCUGAUCUCCAGGACAUUGUUUUGAAGCAAGACAAAGUUUCUCCAGAUCGUAGUCCACAAUGAUAAUUUUUCACUUUUGGCUAGCCAGAACACCAGAUAUUCUACAGAUUGCUGCGGUAUCAGGGAAUGAAGAGAUGAAUGUCUAUAUGCGACCAACAACUCAGAUUUGUCUUGAAGCUUCUGCGGCCACUCGGCUGACAUACAUUGGUGGAGUACUAAAACAUAAAGGACAAACAGUUACAUCAGUCCCUCCAGAGGAUGGUCUUAGAUAUUUCCUUGAGUUUUUAAAGAAAUUUUUCAAGCCCAUUUUGGUUGGCCACAAUGUGCAGAAUUUUGAUGUCCCAGUCCUGGUGAAUCAGCUGGCAAAAUAUGGUUUAUUGGAACAUUUCAAAGAAAAUGUUUCUGGAUUUCUUGAUAGAAUGGAACUUGCAAAAAAAAAAUCCGGAAAAAAGGGAUUGAUGUAGAGAACUAUAAGCAAGAGAUUUUAGUGAAAUCACAUCUUAAGAUGCACACAAUCACUUAAGCAACUCUACGAGAAAAAAAAUAUCUGAUAUGUCAUCUUCAAAUGAUGUGUUCGCUCUGUCAUACUAUGCAUGCAAAUCAUCAUUAGACACCUCAGUGAAGUCUAAAGUUAUUUCAUCCCUGCCAAACAUAUUGAAGAAUCUUGUUGAUUGUUCCCUUAGUCUGUCUAGUAUCAAAGCUGAGAUGAAUUCACAAACGUGACCCAUACAAUGGAAUCUGGAAUGUGUUCUGUGAACGUGCAGAUGAAACAAAGAUCCUGAGAGUAUCAAAAUCCAAAAAUGUUAUUGACAAAGUUGUGGCUUAUUUGAAUGCACCAUGAGAACAUUUACAAAUGUGUAGUAUGUAUUUACUAUUGAUGUGAAUUUUAGAGAUAUCCCAGGUCCAGAUAUUGAGGGUAAAAAACAUGAAAAAAUACCAGCAAGUGGUUGGGUCUUCCAACUUUUUCUCUCAAAAAUUCUUAUUUGCUGAAAGGUUAAAGAUCAAGGUCAUUUGGGUCACUCUAUAGAUGUGCCUCCUCAUGUUUCACACUUCUUUAGUACAUAUAAUGGAUAUCAAAAGAAAAGUUUCAUGCGGGUAAUUUUGCAUUUUUUCUUUGUGUUUGAGAAAAAAAUGGGGGGGGGGGGUUAAACAGCAGCCUGCACUGACUUUAUCAAUAUGGAAAGGUAUACAUUUUUUUAUGUUUAUCAAUUUGUUAGAUGUUUAUUUACUUACUUUAAAAAGAAUUAUUAGGUUUAAACCCAUAUUUUUCUUAUUUUACCUGAACUUGCUGAUAAUUUUACAUUUUUUUUCAACUUUAGCGGAACAACAUAAAUGCUUUCUUUUUCAUUUAAACAUGUAUAUGUGACUGUAUUGUUAAAAAAAUUGUGUAAAAAUAUUAUUUCAGUUUAUCUAUUGUAUUUAAGAGCUACUUUCUAGCCAAUUAAUUAGCAACCAACAUAAAAAGUACCUCAGCAUGAAUUUUAAUAAAUUUGAAAAACAGAUAUAUCUUGACCUCAUUGAUAUACUUAUUUAAUGUGGCAAUGUGCUAGUUUUAUUUGUUUUUUGUGUUGCUUAGAUAUCCUACUUUUAGUAUGCAAAACAAAUUUGGAAUUAAACCCAUAUAACUCUGAGUAUGGAAAGACCUUAAGA